AUGAAUGAAUAGUAAUGCUUUUCUAUCGGUCGGAAUCAAAACAAAAUAAAACACAGAUUUGGUUAUGUUUGACGUGUAUAAUAUCGUUAUUUUUGUUGCUUUUUUUGGGUAUGUUUUUUUCUGAAUUGUCUAUAGAAGAAUGUUUUGAUAAAUACGAAAGAGGUAUUUAUCCUCACCCUUCCGAUUGUACGCGGUUUCUAUCUUGCGCGACCACUGAUCCUAUAGAAUGCCCGGCCGGAUUGCAUUUUAAUCCGGACUUAUUCGUUUGUGAUUGGCCUGCUAACGCAGGAUGCAUGAAACUAACAACAUCGUCGCCAGAUGAAUCGACUGAAGAUCCAUCGCCCAAAUCGGAUCAAACAUCCAACACUGAAUCUCCCAAUGAAGCAACGUCAUCUGACCCUAGAAAUUCAUCAGGUUCGCAACCAACAGAUGGGUCAACAAGUAGUUCGAACGAAACUAGCCCACCUUUGACUACCGAAAAGACGGAAUCUACUCCUCCAAAGAAAAAUACAGCUGUCACAACUUCAUCGCAAUCGACAAGCCACACUAAAGAAAUAAAAUCGACAACGGUAAAUAUGGAUGAAUCAAGUAAACCGCAAGAAUCUACACCGGCAGUCUCAAACCCGCCACUAAAUUCAAGUGAACUAGAAGAUAUAAAACCUACAACUCCAAUUUUCGAAUACUCCAGUAAACCACAAGAAUCUACGCCAGAGGUAACAACUGCCUCACAAAAAUCAACUGAACCUGAGGAUACCAAAUCGACAACAUCAAGUUCUGAAAACUCCAGUAAACCACAAGAAUCUACGGCGGAAGAAACAACUUUCUCACAAAAAUCGACCGAACCUGAGGAAACAAAAUCGACAACACCAAGUUCUGAAAACUCCAGUAAACCACAAGAAACAACGCCAGAGGUAACAACUGCUCCACAAAAAUCAACUGAACCUGAAGAUUCCAAACCGACAACACCAAGUUCUGAAAACUCCAGUAAACCACAAGAAACAACGCCAGAGGUAACAACUGGCUCACAAAAAUCAACUGAACCUGAAGAUACAAAAUCGACAACACCAAGUUCUGAAAACUCCAGUAAACCACAAGAAACAACGCCAGAGGUAACAACUGCCUCACAAAAAUCAACUGAACCUAAAGAUAUAAAAUCGACAACACCAAUUUCUGAAAACUUCAGUAAACCACAAGAAACAACGCCAGAGGUAACAACUGCCUCACAAAAAUCAACUGAACCUGAAGAUACAAAAUCGACAACACCAAGUUCUGAAAACUCCAGUAAACCACAAGAAACUACGCCGAAAGUAACAACUUCCUCAGAGAAAUCGACCGAACCUGAAGAUACAAAAUUGGCAACACCAAGUUCUGAAAUCUCCAGUAAACCACAGCAAACUACACCGGAGGCAACUACUUCCUCACAAAAAUCAAGUGAACCUGAAGAUACAAAAACGACAACUCCACGUUCCGAGAACUCUAGUAAACCACAAGAAAACGAGUCUCACUCUACAUUUCCGGAAAAUGUAACUGAAGCUACCGAGCCUACAUUAUUAUCAUCUAAGAAGUCAAGUGACUCCACGGUAGGAGCUACAUCACCAAAGAUAAUAUCUACUUCAGAAAGCUCUACGCCGAGCGACUCGAAGGGAAUAACUUCUAAAUUAGAAAAAUCUACGAGUACUCAAGAAAUCAUACCCAAAACAACACCUUUUCCGGAGGCAAGCAAUGCACCAUCGAGUGAUUCUAGUACAUCAAAAACUACAGAUUUGUCACAGAAAUCAACCGAGCCUGAACAAUUUCCAACUGAAACUGCUGCUCAAGAUACAACACCAAAAUCAUCUCCCACAGAGAACCCAAGCAAACCAAAAAAAACGACAUCAGCACCCAAAAGCAGUCCCGAAUUUCCAGAAGCUUUUUCAGACAAGUCUACUGAGUCGCCAGACAAAGUAUCAGCUCCGACUUUUGACUCUAGAUUUAAAGAGACGACUCUUGCUCCAGAGUCGGACAAAAGGGAGCCACUUACAGAGUCUCCCCAAUCAGCCCUUGCACUUAAGGAUUGCCUCGCCAAAUAUAAAUAUGGAAUAUUCGCUCAUCCAACGGAUGAAACUAAAUUCUAUAUCUGCACUAAAAGUAACCCGUUGGAGAUGACUUGUCCACAAGGAUUGGUAUUUCAUCCUGAAUCAUAUGGUUGUGACAGACCUGCGCCUACAACACCUCCGCCACCUCCAGCAUUAAAUUUAAGAGAAUGUCUAAAAACUUAUGGAAGGGGACUAUUUCCACAUCCCAGCGAUUGCACACGAUUCUACAGUUGCUCAAAACACGGUCCAAUUGAGAUGCAAUGUCCUGGUGGUCUACAUUUCAACCCCACGAAGCUUGCUUGCGACUGGCCGUCGAGACAAUGCAUCAGUCCCGCAGCAAAGACAAGGGAUAAAAUUUUUAGGACAAUGAAGGCCGACAAAAUAGUACCAGAUAUAGUGGAUCAAUGUCCCGAAAAACUUGCGGAAGUAGCGUUUCCCAGCGGUGGUCAAGUUGAUCUCGGCAAGAAUUUAAAUCCAAUUCAAACCAGUAACCCUCCUAGCAUAUAUUGGGAAGCUGACAAAAACUCAUUUUAUACAUUAUGUAUGGUGGAUCCGGACGCGGCCAAGCCAAAGGAAUCUAAAUACAAAGAAUGGAACCAUUGGUUGGUGGGAAACAUUCCUGGAAACAAAAUUAGACAAGGUCAAACCUUAGCGGAAUACUUACCGGCUUGUCCUCAAAGAAAUUCUGGUCCUCAUAGAUACACGUACCUCAUUUACCGGCAACCGCAAAAGAUCUCAUUCAACGAACCUAAAAUACCAGCAAACACAUGGAUGCAAAGGGAUGGCUUUUCUAUUAGAAAUUUUGCCCAGAAGUACCAACUCGGCCAACCGAUCGCUGGCAACUAUUUUAAAUGUAGUUGGGAUCCCUGGGUGAAUCGACUUUACAACAAAAUCUCCUAUUUGCCGCCUGUAUCAAACAGAUAUAGUUUUGCUGCUCGCCCAAACACUCGAGGAAAUUCGUUUGGUAAUUCAUACUCCUACUCGUACAGUUUCCGAAUGUCUAGUUCCCUAACCAGCAAUGGCUGCCUUCGAGAGGGACUGUAUCCUCAUCCUACGGACUGCACGAAAUUCAUUUCAUGUGCCCCAUAUGGACCACAGGAGAUGGAUUGUCCUGCGGGGUUGCACUUUAAUCCGAUAAUCCUAGAAUGCGAUUGGCCAUAUCAAGCUGGGUGUACUGCAGGUCAGGAACCCGAACCCGAGCCUGAACCAGAACCGGAGCCAGAACCUGAGCCGGAACCGCAACCAGAGCCGGAGCCGGAGCCAGAACCUGAGCCGGAACCGCAACCAGAGCCGGAGCCGGAGCCAGAACCAGAACCGGAACCUCAACCAGAACCGGAACCAGAACCUGAGCCGGAACCAGAACCAGAACCGCAACCGGAACCUCAACCAGAACCUGAACCCGAUCCGGAACCUACAACACAAUCCGCGGAACAGGAACCCACAACUGAACCAGAACAACAACCAACUACUGAAAAAGAAGAACCCACAACGGAGGGGAAACCGGUACCCACAUCAGAACCCAGCGAACAGGAAACGACAACUGAACCUGAACAACAGCACACUACUGAAAAAGAAGAACCCACAACGGAAGUAGAAUCGGAACCCACGUCAGAACCCGAGCAAGUACCCACACUUCAACCAGAACCGGAAUCCACGACAGAUGAUUUAUCAGAAACUACAACGGAAUUAGAAUCCCAGCCUACAUCAGAACCAGCACCGGAGCCCGAAGCCGAAACUGAAGUUCCUACAGAAGCGCCAGAAGAGCCAUCCACAACAGAGUCAAGUGAAGUAGACGAAACAACUACCAGUCCAGCGGAGGAGGAAGAAGACGAUAGUGGUUCUGGUUCUGAAACUACAGAUGCACCACCCCCAGAUCCAACGACGACGAUACCUGAGUCACCAGAAACGGAAAAAAGUGAAAAUCCAAAUCCUUCACCGGAACCUGAACCUCCGACGGAUCCAGACAGUAUUUGCGCUGUCCAUAGCAACAGAUUUUUCGUGACUUCCUAUCCGAACGACUGUACGAAAUUUAUCACCUGCUCCUUUGGGGUUCCUUAUGUUAUGGAUUGCCCAAACGACCAAUACUUUAAUCCAGUGAUUACAACAUGCGGAAAGGAUAAAUCGGUGUGUUAUACUUAACGUUGUCAGUUAAAAGCGCGUAUAUUACUGUACAUAAACAACUAAAUACUGAAGAAGUAUUUUCUAUCUUAUAUUUUAAUCUACUCCACGUUUCAAUAAAUAUUGAAUGUUUAAAUAACUCCUUAUUAGUUUCCGGCUUUAAAAAUUAAUUUCUACGAUUUAUUGAUUCUUAAUAUUUCAUAAUUAAAGUUAAUUAUACGGUAAAAAUAUCCUUCAAAUAACAAAAAACUUAAUUUUUUUUAACAAUCUCCCAACGCGAAUAACAAAAACUGUUGAAACUACACAAUAUCGAUUUAUUGAAUCUUUGGUUAUAAGUUACAGUCUUGAUGAAAUCAGCAUAGAAAAACACAAUGCGUUAUUGGAAUACUUUGGCACAGAAUUAAAAUAAAUCAAAAAUGUUAAGGGAAUUAGGGACAAAUCUAUAGAGAAUCGUCUACGCAAUGUUUGGCAAGAAACAAUAUUUGAGUCAAAUCAGAAAUUUAUUGUCGCAAGCUUUUCAGUUUUGAUAAAUAUUUGAGGAAGCCAUUGAAGUUUUUGUGCUGCACCCCAUGCUGCCAAUUUUGUGGGCUUGAACCUGUUUCUAGAAGACGAUAUG